ACAGGUACACAGACCAACGUGAGGUCAACAAAGGGCGAAAAAACAGAAUAGAACUUUGCCAGUCGACUGAGGUCAACGAACGUGACAGGAUGCAGCUCCUCUCUACCAUUCGACACUUCUCCUCAACUGCGUUACUGUUGUCGCUGAUUUCAACGCUUGUGAUUGUUGAGGCUCAACCCAGUGCCAAUGGUGAAGACUGGCAAGCACCGCAUCAGGAAGCAACAGGUGGAUGGGGAAUCGAACACGAUGUAAACGACCAGCAGUUGAUGUUCGAUGAUAGAAAUGAAGAGAAACACGAAUCAACAGGAAGUGGAUUCGUGACCAACGCAUUAGCAGCUGGAGUGGGAACACUUUUGGCCAGUGGUAUCGCCAAUUACGCUGGCAAUGGCUAUCCCUACACAACAGGUGUUGGAUACAAUAACAUGGGUGGCGCUUAUGUUCCAGGGGCUUACGUUUCCGGAGCUGGGGCUUACAUGCCUGGUGCUGUUUACGGGCCCGGAGCUUACGUUCCAACAGCUGGUACUUACAUGCCUGGAACUUACGUUCCCGGUGCUGGUCCUUAUUAUCCUGUGGCACCAGGCUACGGUGUAAUGUCAACAGGAUACCGUCCUCUUCAAACUCGAGACAGAGGCGAUUCCGACGCUCCUGAUUCUAUCCCUGAUUUGGCCGAUUUUGGCAAUAGCUAUCCGGCUUAUUAUUCUGAACUUUUGAGCGGAAACGCACCUCCGAAAACGGAAGCUGAGGCUCCUACUGUCCCCGUCGAUGCGGGUGCUGAAUCGUCCGCAGUGAAACAACAAGACUUCGGUGUUACAUCAAGCCGUGGUAGAUACCCGAUCGACUGGUCUGCUGUGGCUCACCAUUAUUAUCGUUCAAUGAAUGCAGAUUAGACCAGUCGUCCAACAUCCCAAGCUGAGGGCGAAGACGUGGCCACAGCUGAUGGCGAUGGAAGCAAUGACGCGUCUUCAACUUGUUUGCAUUUUGGUUCACGGGGAAUAUGUUGAGUGCAUUUAACUUUAAAACAAUGUAAAUCAUUUCGCAAUACAAAAGAAUUUGGACUUGAA